UUGUAAUUUAUAAAUAAUAAUAUUUUUAUAUUUAUAAAUCACUAUUACUUUUGUUAUCUUUAUUAUUGUGUAGGGGCAUAUUGGUUUUUAUACUCCUUAUUUCUUACAAUUCCAAACCUAACCAAACAAUGGAAUCAAUAUUCAUGGUAAUUUCUUUUACACAAACCAAACAAUGGAAUCAGUUUUCUUGGUAAUUUCUUUUACAUGGAAUUUUAAUUCCAUUCAUCCUCAAUUAUUUCCGCGAACCAAACGGGCCAUAAAUGAUAAGAAGAAUACAUGUAUUCUCAAAAUCCAGUACCCCAAUUCUCGGGAGAACCCUUUCCCAUGGCCUCCUCCAUUUCUCAUCGUCUGCUACAUUGUUGGAACUACGGGACUGCAUAUCAUUGCUCCAAGCAUGUGCGAUCAAGAAGAAUCUCAAAGUUGGCAAACAACUCCAUGCCCACAUGCUUGUGACUGGCCUUAUGAAUUCCUCUCCACUAUGCAUUACCAGCCUCAUCAAUAUGUACUCCAAGUGCAAUCCCAACUCCAUGUCUGAUGCUUUCUCUGUGUUCUCCACUUCACCUUCUCAUGCUCGCAAUGUCUUCAUGUACAACGCCCUUAUAGCUGGCUUCAUCGCUCAUGAUUUACCCAAGCCAGUUCUUGAAAUUUACUCUGAAAUGACAAUGUUGGGCAUGGUGCCUGAUAAAUUCACUUUCCCUUGCGUGAUUAAGGCAGCUUCUUCUUGCAAUCGUCUUGUAUGUAUGAAAAAGAUCCAUGGAUUAGUGUUCAAGCUUGGGUUAGAAUUUGAUUUGUUUAUAGGCAGUGCACUGGUGCACUCGUACUUGACCUUUGGCUUGACGGAGGAAGCAGAGGGGGUGUUCGAUGAAUUACCUAUGAGAGAUGAUGUUGUGCUUUGGAAUGCUAUGAUUAAUGGGUAUGCUCAGUCUGGGCAGUUUGACAGGGCUCUGCAUGUUUUUAAGUGGAUGAUGGAUGAUGGGAUUGCACCAAAUAGAUUUAGUGUUACUGGUAUGUUGUCGGCUCUUUCAAAUUCUGAGGCAGUUUAUAAAGGAAGGGAGGUGCAUGGAUUCGUGAUAAGGAGAGGGUACGAUGAAGGCAUUGCUGUUUUGAAUGCAUUAAUUGAUAUGUAUGGAAAAUGUAAGCGUGUAAGUGAUGCUCUGCAGGUUUUUGAGAUGAUGGAUGAGAAAGACAUAUUUUCAUGGAACUCAAUAAUAUGUGUUCACGAACAGUGUGGUGAUGAUGAGGGAACCAUGAGGCUUUUUAAGAGGAUGCUAUGUGCUCAAAUGCAACCAGAUUUAGUCACUGUAACUACGGUCCUCCCUGCUUGUUCUCAUUUGGCAUCACUGAGGCAUGGCAAGGAGAUUCAUGGGUAUAUGAUUGUUAAUAGGCUAAAGAAAGAUGGUGAUGCUGCAGAACACAGCGACUCUUACAUUGACAAUGCUAUAAUGGACAUGUAUGUAAAAUGCGGGAGCAUGAAUGAUGCUCAGCUGAUCUUUGACAUGAUGAGCUAUAAAGAUACAGCAUCAUGGAACAUCAUGAUUAAGGGGUAUGGCAUGCAUGGAUUCGGUAAGAAAGCACUAGACAUGUUUUCUGAUAUGUGCAAGGCAGAAUUGAAACCCGACGAAGUUACAUUUGUGGGAGUUUUGUCAGCCUGCAGCCACGCAGGCCUUGUAGACCAAGGGAGAGAAUUUCUCGUACAAAUGCUGCCAAAGCAUGGCAUUACGCCUUGCAUAGAACACUAUACCUGUGUGAUUGACAUGCUAGGUCGGGCUGGGCAGCUCGAAGCUGCUUAUGAAUUAUUGUUAACAAUGCCUGUUGACCCUAACCCGGUAGUAUGGAGGGCAUACCUCGCUGCCUGUCGUCUCCAUGGGAAUGCUGACCUGGCUGUGAUUGCUGCAGAGAAGGUGUUUGAGCUUGAUCCGGAGCAUUGCGGAAGUUAUGUUAUACUGUCAAAUAUUUAUGGAGCAAAUGACCGCUAUGAAGAGGUCCUUGAAGUAAGAGAUACAAUGAGGCUACAAGAAGUGAGGAAGGUCCCUGGUUGUAGCUGGAUUGAACUCGAAAAUGGCGUGCAUUCGUUUGUUACUUGUGACAAGACUCAUCCUGAAGGGGACCUUAUUUAUGCUGGAUUAAAUUCAUUAACUGCUCGACUGCGUGAACAUGGGUAUAGGACAGAUGCCUUGGACUGCAAUAUAUAAAAUUCUGUUCUUGUUCAACUUUGACCAAAAUCUUGAGUGCAAAGGGAAAAUCCCUCACCCGGGAGCCUUCACACCCUAAUCCUACAAGAACUGUGAAAGAGGUAAAUUACAGUGACUCAGAUAGGAGAAUCAGUAUCUAGUGCACACAAGGAGCUAUCCUUACAAGAGGGUGGAACUUUUAUAUUGCGGCUGUCAAGAUUCGAUCAUGCGUUAUUGAGUGUAAUAUCUCACUUAAAGACUAAGUGAGCUAUUCAGCUUGCACCACUCCCGCGCACUGAAAUAGCAACUUUAUUAAGAUUGUAAUAGCAUAGACUACUGUGAAGUCAUGAUUUUUGUUUAGUUAGAUACAAAAGUAAAUGCCAUUUUUUACAUCAAAA